ACCACCAGAGUGAGAAGAAGUGAAAAUUUGCGUGUGUGCUAAUAUUCAAAACAAAAAUAUACUCUCAAAAGCAGUGCUAAAGUGAAGCAAGGAGGAAGAAUAAUAAAAAUCGAAAGUGAUUGAUGAUAAUUGUGGGUAAAUAAUUAGAACACUGAUCGUGUGCAUUAAGUGAUUAUAAAUUCUUGCGAUCGUCAGGAACUUGGUCUUAGUUUUCAUCCGUACUUUGAACUAAGCGGAACGUAACCUUACUUUUACGAAAGCGUAAACCGCUCGCAGAGGAAACCAGGACUCCGGUUUGUGGAAUUGGUCCUAGCUUGGUGCUUUUAUUCUCAAUUUGCUAGAUAAAACAACCAGCCAGAAUUCAAGGAACCGGUUUAAAAAUCAGCUACAGUCACUCUUCUGUGAUUACAUCACAGCGCUCUCGAGAGCUGCUCCUCCACCGCGGUGGGUCGUCGUGUAGCAAGUAGCGCUAGCACUAUAGUGCUUUGGCCCCACCGUCAUAGGAGUCGACACGGGUGAGCGGAAAGUGUACCUGGUUGCGAAAUUGUGUCUACCAGGAGGAAAUGUGACAUUACGUUGGGGGAUUGGCGUUCUAAAUUUGUGCUAAUAGAAAGGAUACGCAUAUAAUAAAACCCCAAAUAAAAGGAAGAGUAUUGCUAUACCGGAUUGGAAAAGAUUUUUUUGAAUUUUUGCGAAGGGAAUAAAGUGGCGAGGUAUAGAGACUAUAGCAAUAAUAGGAAAAAAUAAGAACUGUCGUGUUUGUGUGUGAGUGUACUCCAACUUGACGAUACACGGUAAAGACAUAAACACCAAAACUGACUCAGGAUAAAGUAUGACACAGCGAGAACGAGAUACAUUCAUUCAUCUGUUCGCUGGAGGUAUCGCAGGUACUGCCGGCGCUGUCGUAACAUGUCCACUGGAAGUGGUCAAAACGCGUCUGCAAAGCUCGUCCGCCUCGUUCAUCCAUAGCAUACCGAGCCGGAUUGCUACGGACAACGGUAAACUACCCACCGGGAACGAGCACCAUUCGAGACAGCGAGUAUGUGCCAGUACGAUCCUGAGCCGGCGGCGCCCAUCGGUCCUUGCUAUCCCACAGUGCGGCAUCUCGACAUCGGUCCAGUCAAUCUCAAUCUGGCAAUGCUUGAAGCACAUUGUCCAAACCGAAGGUUCGCGGGCUCUCUUCAAGGGUCUCGGCCCGAACAUUGUCGGUGUCGCCCCAUCCCGUGCGAUCUACUUCUGUGCAUAUUCGAAGGCAAAAAAUGCCUUGAAUACCCAUGGCAUCAUACCAGCCAACUCGCCAUUGGUGCACAUCAUGAGUGCCUCCUGUGCCGGCUUUGUAUCGGCCACCCUCACCAAUCCAAUCUGGUUUGUCAAAACGCGUCUGCAGCUGGACUACAACGCCGAGGGCAAAAUGACCGUGUCGGAGUGCGUAAAGCGAAUUUACGCGACCCAGGGGCUGCGAGGCUUCUACAAAGGCAUCACUGCUAGUUACUUCGGAAUCUCGGAAACGGUGAUCCACUUCGUCAUUUACGAGGCGCUGAAAAAGAAACUGACUGAACUGCGUCAUUCACGUCCUGGCGAUGAUAAAACUUCCCGAGAUUUCCUUGAGUUUAUGGCUGCUGGUGCCACGUCCAAGACGAUAGCCUCCAUCAUCACCUAUCCCCACGAGGUCGCUCGCACUCGGCUACGUGAAGAGGGCAGCAAGUAUCGCAGCUUCUGGCAGACAAUCUUUACCGUUGGGAAGGAGGAAGGAAAAGGAGGAUUGUACCGGGGCCUCGGAACGCAACUUGUGCGCCAGAUUCCGAAUACUGCAAUCAUGAUGGCAACAUACGAGGCAGUUGUUUACGUACUGUCGAACCAGCUGAACACCGGCAGUCUGAUUGUGAGCAACUGAGGGCAGGAGUUUAGUGAGUCCAAAGGUAGCAGCGAUGACGGAACCUAUCGUUUUCCAGCCCUGGCGGCACUGUUGUUCCGUGAUAGUGGUGGACACGGCGUGAAAGUUUGCGGAGCGACAGAGGAGCUCGAAUCUGUAUUCGUUGUACAUUGUAUAUGUGAUUUCUUCGUAGACCUCUAAGGUCUAUCCGUUGAAAUAUUGGAGAGAAAAAAGGGAGAAAGGUAGUCAGAAGUUGAGUUAUGGUUUUGUUUACUGUAUCGUUGUUUAUAUACACCAAGUUAAGAAUAUUUAUACAAGAAUAAUUAUAUUUUGCAAAAACGAACAAACUUAGGUUUAAGAAAAGGCAACGUAUGCACUGAAGAUUGCUUAAAAAAGCGAAUCAUAAUGAAGAGUAAUUAUUACUUUAACAACAUUGUCUAGUGUAGUAGUGAGAGAAGAUUACAAAUCUUGAUUGACUGAGAGACUGACUGUGUUUUAGAUUAAGCGAUUGUGUAUAUUGCCUUUGGUUUUUAUCUUUUCGGUUCUACGGAAGAGCGCUUUUUGUUAGUUUGUUUUCAAAGUCUAACUAUUAGUGGCACUUACAUAUAUUACUUUUGUUUACAAAUUCUGUUAUCCUCUGGUCCGAAAGCACGAAGUUGGUAAGAAAUUAUAUUAAUUUUUUAUUUGAACUUCAAAAUGCUUUAUACGAAAUUCUAGUACAAAAUAGGUGUAGUUCGUGCAGGAUUUGUUCUACAAAUUUCUGCGAGCCCAAUUCAACCGAUUCUAGUAUCGACAGAUCGAAAUUAUGUUAACGAAAAUAUUUGCCACUUAAUGUUAGCAACAGUAGCUAUAGCCCUAUAAGUGCAUGUUUAUGCUGAUUUUGCAUUUCUAGGGUUUCUGAUUUGAUUGCUUGUUUAUUUCAAUUGAACAUUACGGACAAAGGAGUACGCAGCGCCUGCUUCGAGGCAUUUGUUUGGUUUUGUUAUCCUUGUAAAUAAAUUACUUUCUAGAGAGACCAUACUAUUAGGAACCUAAAACCGUUCAGUAAAAGUGGUUUAGUCGCGUAAAAGCUAUUUUCACGGUUUGAUAGCAUUCCGAUGGAUGUUUCACAGAAGCAUUUAUUCGACCAUCCUUAUUAGUAGAAAAAAGAAACAUAAAUGAAGACGGUGACCUAUCCAUAUCGUGCUUUGUACCAUUUUAUCGAGCUCGUCGUAAAAACCAUUGAACCAAACCUACAACCUUUUUGGCGACUAGAAGACUUUUAUAGAUGCUGUGAUCUACUUUAAUCAUUAGAAUAAUUUGUGGGAUUUUUACUGGGUAAACAUGUUUCCUUUUCACCAGAGAUAAACAUUGGACAGGAAUUGUGAAAUCUAACUUAUCAUUAGCAUUACGUGUACAUCAGAGAGCUUAUCUCGUAAUUUGCUUCGAUUUAUUGUUCGAGAUGCUCAAGAAUGACGACAACCAAAGUCAACACAAAUCUAGUGCACAACUAUCCAGUCGUAACAUAGUUCAAGCGUUCAAUCGUAUGCAUUAAUAUGAAAUACAACGACACCAUAUAUUACAGUAAGAAAGUGCGCGCAACAAGUAUCGAAACACCGUAAAUUUUGUGCCAAGAAAUGGUUUUAAUAAUGCAUAAAACAAAUUCAAAACUCACAAUGAAAAUUAACACAACACGAGAGUUAACGUCUGACCUAUCUCAAUUUUGCAGUGGCUGUGAGCAGCACUAUUGCACAGUGAAAUCAGGUCACUUUUAGUUACGACUGCAAACUCAAUUGCCCUGAAAAGUUGAUCGUACGCCAAAAGUAAAAUGUCGAUGGCCUUUCGUACUUGUUGCUAAGCGCUGGCGUGCAAUACUGCAGGACGCAGGGAAAAUUGUAGAAAAAAUCUAAACGCACCGAGAACUGGUUAAUUCGACGUGCUCAUUGACAACAACGUAUAACGUCAGCUAUAUCGGAGUAUCGAAGGUAUUACUCGGGAUUUAGAAAAGGAAAUGUUGUAAAAAUCAUAAUUCACUUACCCGCUAGUGUGGUGUACUAUUUGAACAGAAUAGAUCAUAGGGCAGUAUAUUAUACAGAAUCUGAUGAACAACACAAUUCUGCAAACACAAUAUGCCUAACGCUUUAAACCAAUAUAAUUAUUGGAACAUUUUUGUUUUAUAUUAAUGUAAUCAUACUAUUCAUAGACGAUACGAGAACAUUGUAUUGAACCUAUUUUAAGAUGAAUAUAAUAAUAUAAAAGUAAUACUGCACAA